CCUCCACACUGUCAAAUAUCAUACUCAGUUCAUGCCUGAAGUCCGACUUCACCAGCCUUCAUUCCUUGAUUAACUACCCUAGACUGUAAUCUCAAUGCAUAUACCAUUCACUCCUAAUCAUGUGCAGCUCAUUACCGCUUGCUAUCCUCCUUCCGCAGCUCUCCUCAACUCCGGCCCCGAGUACCGUCCGAACUCGCAAGAACUGUCGCGAUUGACCUACUAUGCUGCCAACCGUCCUGGAAAGAUUACUAAGCUGGGCAGUGAACUCGAGAAGAGGGUGCGAGCGGACUGCAGACGAGCGCAGGCGGGAAAUACUCGUGCGAGAGCGUCUCUCCUGAUAACACUGUCCAUCCUGAAGGCAUUGGCUACCGAAUGCCGUCGAGACAUCUCGCUUUUGUCAUCUUCGCUGUUAUCCUCUGUCCUCCUCACUAUAACUUCUCUAUCCUCUGAUCUUGAAGUCCUGGCGAGAGCAGCAACACUUUUCGUUUCAUGGACCACCUACACCGACGGGCAUCUCAUAGGCGUCGAUAGCGGAGUCACACGAGACUAUCUUGCGUCUUUGAAACAGUUUGCCGAGUUCAGUCGAGCAAACGGCAAGGCUCGCGAUGCAGAGGUUAGGAACCGGACGCGUCUCGUUGGCCUGUCAGCGCUUUCUGGGGCCGUCACUUCAGAAGCGUUAUACACCGCUUCGCAACUCUUUCGCGAACAGGUCUCGUUCAUAACCUCGGCGGUCCUGGUCACUGUCUUUGAAGUGCGGGUGCUGACGCUAGACAAAGCCUCUCUCAUGAUCAAGGAGAAGCCCGCCUCACCUUACCUUAGCGAAUUCCGUACCCGCCCUCCCAAUGAAAGGCGUGCAGCUUCCAUCCACGUUCAUGUUGACGGUGACAAAGGCCCUUCAAUGGAAGAUGUUACUGAGGCUUGCUUGCGAGUGCUGUCUUCUGUCUUCGAACAUUCCAAUGCUACUCAGGUCGGAUCAAUCAUGCAAUCCCUUUUCGACAGCCUUGAAGAUACGAAAGGAUGGGAAAAGCCUGAGCAUUGCUGUUGGCUCGCGCGGAAAGCUGCCGAUUGGACACAGUACCAAUAUCGAUAUGCGGUUCCAACUCGUCUGGUCGAAAGGCUAUUAGAAGGCCAGGACGCGCCUAUAACGACAGCUCUUCACAGCAGCCUGGCAGCCAUGAUAACUGCAGUUUUCACGUCCCCUACUCCCCUGGUGAAUCUGUCAACGUCGGAUAUCAUCUCAAACCUCAUGACGUUGUUGCUUCGUCGUGUCGCCAUCGAUCCUGAAGAUGCUGUCCUGCCGGCCGUGGUUGGAUGCAUCUCAUCUCUCGGCAUGCAUGUUUAUUAUGCCGACCAAAUACAAGAUCUUGCGGCCGAGCUUAUCAGCCGCCUGACAGUCGUAGAAAUCAAUGGCCUCCCUCCAGGAGGAGGAAAAGCUGACAAAGAGAAGUGCAGGGCGACGGCCUUGAGAUGCCUUCUGUCGGGACUCACGGGACUCAUGCGAGCGGCAGAUAGCCACAGUUCGGGUGAUGCUUCUGGAGGGGAGCUUGCGAAGGAUCACUCCAGAGCUGGUGGCGCCCCCUCUCAUUCUGUUUCACCUAAAGUUGCUUCGCCUACCGACGGUCUUACGGGCGGCGAUGGCAUGCACGUCAAGCCGUCGAGACGAACAAAGAUAUCUCCCGAGGUAUGGCAAGACACUCUUACUCUUCUUUGCGAUGGAGAUUAUGGAGUACGGGCGAAUUAUGCCCAGUCAGUGCUCUAUUACCUGGAGAACGAGAUGCCUAAGCGCGGGGAUUCAACGGACGCAGACGGCGUUCGCCGUGUACGGCCUUUGGCUGAAGGUCCCAUAAGACAGGCUAGUAAUGCGUCCGUUGCCUUAGUUGGCGACGGCGCGUCCAGAUUCCUCAAUGCAUUACAUUCCUACCUCUACGUCCUGGCCACUGCUUCUAGUCUCGGGUUGAAUGGCGGGUCCAUCAGUUCUUUGUCGGGUCAGUCGGCAAAUGGUGAUCUCUCUGUGGACGACAGCCGGACGGAGAAUGGAACUGGAACUAGUGAGGACGUGGCCUCCCAAAAUCAUCGCCGCUCCAUGGCGUUCCCCCCUCGACAAAGGAAGGCGUCCAUUGCACAGCAUCUCAUACAGCGGACAUCCAGUCGUAUAUCGGCCUCGGCCUCCGCUACUGCCUCAGACUAUGCGCAUAUAUUGGCCAUCCUAUCCUCCAUCCAUCAGCAGUUGCCCGUUCGAGCCCUGUUGACAGGUGUUCCUAUGUUACUGGCCCUUGACGCCGCAUCCAGGGUCGAUAGUUCUGAGGACGACACACUGAAGUCGAGGCAAGCCGCCAUCAACGAAAUCGUGGCGAAGGUAUGGAUAGUCAUAGGUAAAGUAUGGGAUUGUCCGGAGAUUACGGAUGUCAUUUCAAAGGCGAUUCCAUCUCUGGAUACGCCGUUCUUACCGGCCCCUCCAAAUAAUCUGGACGACUUGCACUCUCCCCGACCCGUUUUGUUCAGCCAGUUAGAUCCGCCUCCUGGAUCUUUGCUGUCCUCAGAUUUGGACGUCCACAUGUUGUUGGCCUGUCUAAGUUCCAGUCGGAAUGCUGCAGAAGCGACUGGUUUAGAUCAGGAAGCUUUGCAACGGCGCCUUUCCGUCCCAUGGACGCCCGAAUCGGCCAUGAAAGAUUCCAUUGAAAGACCGUCAAACUACGAUGCCCUAAGAGGAGAGAGUAUCCUCAAGAUUGCACCAACUCUCAUGCAUGUGGAGAACUUAUCUCUCCAGAGCCUAGGUCGCUUUACUCGAGGGGUCGGAGUCACGGAUCUAAGAGAAGCUCUUGAAGGACGGAAUAGCAUGUCAAACCCGGCUCUGGUUAACGGGGCUCCGUCCAUCUCCACAUUUGAUCACAGUUCGUUGACGCAGGCAGGCGAUGGAUGGGCACUAAGACCGACUCGGUCGCGACCAGCAAGGCGACCACAGACAGCGGGUCCAAGCGAGGUGCGAGACGUGCUGAAUAAGCUCGGUAUAGGAAAACAGAAUGGGAAUAGUCUCCUGAAAGCAUCCUUGUCGCCCCUACCGAAAACAGACAAUAGGUAUGCUCGUAUGUCAGCAUAA